CUCUGAUCAAGAACCAUGACCUCAGAUUUAGCAGUGCUGACCCUCAUCCCAGUCGCUUCACACUUGGCCGUGAACCGCCGCAAGAGAAUCCUCUCCAACAUCUGCAACCAUCCAAAGAUGAAGAGCUUCAUUGUUGCUGUUUCUCUGGCUGGUGUCCUCACAUGUGUCUGCUUUCAGGAGAGCUCUGCUGUUCCAGUCACUGAGGUCCAUAAGCUGGAGGGAACACUGACUGAUGACAGUCCACCUGCUGCCGAUCAGAAGAUACCAGUGACCUCAUGGAAGACGCUGUAUGACAUCAGGAAGAAGCGUGACUCCAGCGCUGGCUGUCGUAUAUGCUGUAGCUGCUUUGGGUUUAGUCAUUGUGAAGUGUGCUGCCCUUUCUGAGAUGUCCUGCUUCAACUGGGAUGAUCCACCAAAUCUUCACCUCAGACCUUUGCCAAGCAAAUGUACGGAGCCCCUAAAGGGCCAUUGAUUAAAAAAAAACUUUGAAGUAAAAAAAAAUUUUUUUGAAGUAAAAAAAAAAACAAAAACAAAAAACUAACUGGGGGCACCAGUUAGUAUCAGGUGCAUACCAGUUAGUAUCAGGUGCGCACCAGUUAGUUUUAGGUCUUUAUUUUCCCCAUCAAUGGCCGUUUAGGGGCUCCGUACAAAUGUAUAAACCAACAAGACAAUAAAAGUCACUCACUCAAAGAUGA